AUGGAGGUGGCGGCGCAGCGGAAGCGGAAGCGGAGAGGCGCGGAUCUGCGGCUGCUGGACAUCACGGAGGGGCGAGAAAGACAUCCGCGCCUCGCCAUCCCGCUCCUCCGCCACAUCCUGCGUCGCGCCCAUCCCUUCCGCCCCGACGCCUUCACCUUCCCGCCGCUCAUCCGCGCGGCCCCGGCGCAUGCCUCCGCGGCGCAGCUCCACACCUGCGCGACACCGACAAGUGAGAUACAGCUUAAAAGCCCAAAUUGGUUGUUUGAUCAAAGAAAACAUGCAGAGACAGUUCCAACAGCAAAAGUUAUUCCAGUUGAAAAUGCAAACGAGGGAAACAAAGAUGAGACGAAUGUGUCUCUGCGUGGGGAACUGAACUGGGUUUCCUCCUCGGCAGAUUCAUGCGAGGAGGACAACUUCAGAAGGUAUCUAGCGUUCACGAAGGCGGAUGUAGACAAUGGCUGGUACAGUGCAGCACUGCUAUACGAUCAAGAUGAGAACAGCGGUGCUUAUAAACAUUACUCCGAAUUUUGCCAGGGUCCAGUCAUGGAUCCUUUCGAGCACGACCCCGAGAAAGAAGGGCACUACAGGGAGGCCCUUUGUGCAAAUGAUGCUGAGGAAUAA